AUACUUUUUCAUUGCCAUUGCAAAUUGUUUUCUUGUCUGGCUGCAUAUUGAUGGCGCUGGUGAUCGUCCGGCUACGAAAGGCUCAAGCUUUCAGAGAGUCGUGCCUCAGCAACGCCGCGUCCCGCACGCACAAAGCGAUCGAGAAACGUUUUCUUCUCGUCGUCAUCGUCGUCCCACUCUGCUUCGGCGCAAUCUUCACGGGUACCACUGUCUACGACAGAUUGUCGAUGAGAAUAAUUGCCGACUACUUUGAUUAUGUCUACUGUCUCCACAAACAUCCCGACGACCACUCACUUUGUUCCGCAGACUUCCGCAAUUACGGCUACAUCAUCGCGUGUCUAAUCGGUUUGCUCCUUUUAAAUGUGCAAAUUUUUGUCGUGUUGGCCUCUACCGUCAUGCCUCGACCUGCGCGCCGAUUUUGGCGCGAUCGUUUGCUCACUCUUGUGCGAUGCUGUCGCACGAAAACCAAUCGGUAGAGGAAAUGGCGUCGAAGACACAAGUGAGAGGUUUGAGCCUUUGACUUGUGAACCGUGAUUGGCUCGAAUCGAUAGGAGAUGUGGUAGUCUUGUUAGUUAGCGUUCUAGUUUGUCUUUUUGGUGUAAAGUAGAU